AUGACGCCCCCGGGGCCGAAGGCGGCAGGUGCCUGCGAUCUCCAAUCUCCACCUCCACAAGUCACUACUCGUACUCCAUACAUCUUACUACUACAGGACCGAGACAGGUUACUGAACUCAUCUCCCAUGGGCGCUCUUCUCUCCAUUCCGCUCUUGGCGGUGCCCAGUGUGGGCACGCUCAUCACGGUCGCAGGAUCAUGUUGCGGAGCGGCAACAUGCUCUGCGGUCUGCAGUGCCUGCGGAAAGUUUCAGAACAGUAUGGCAACGAGAAUCGCCUACGCCUUCAUCCUUCUAAUCAACUCCAUCAUAUCCUGGAUCAUGCUUACACCCUGGGCCUUGAAGAAGCUCCAGCACCUGACCCUGGACUAUAUGGAAAUUCAAUGUGACGGCAAGGAAUGCCAUGGCUGGGUGGCCGUCCAUCGCAUCAACUUCGCUCUCGGUCUCUUCCACUUGAUUCUCGCCCUUCUGCUCCUCGGAGUGAAGAGUUCGAAGGAUACCCGCGCCGCGAUCCAGAAUGGCUACUGGGGCCCCAAGGUUAUCCUCUGGUUGGCCUUUGUCGUCGGGUCCUUCUUUAUCCCCGAGCCCUUCUUCUUCGUCUACGGCAACUACAUUGCCUUCUUCUGUGCCAUGCUCUUCCUCCUCCUAGGUCUGAUCCUGUUGGUGGAUCUCGCGCAUACAUGGGCGGAGCUGUGUCUGCAGAAGAUUGAGGACAGUGACUCUCGCGUCUGGCGAGGUCUGCUUAUUGGCUCAACCGUCGGCAUGUACUUGGCGUCCUUCGUGAUGACCAUCUUGAUGUACAUCUUCUUUGCCAACAGCGGGUGCUCCAUGAACCAGGCUGCAAUCACGAUUAACUUGAUCGUGUUCUUGAUCAUCUCCUUUGUGUCUGUUCAGCCUGCAGUGCAAGAAUCGAACUCGCGUGCCGGUCUGGCCCAGGCUGCUAUGGUGACUGUCUACUGUACUUAUCUCACCAUGUCUGCGGUCUCGAUGGAGCCCGAUGACAACAACUGCAACCCCCUGAUCCGGUCUCGCGGAACCCGCACAGCCACCAUCGUUCUCGGUGCGAUCGUCACCAUGCUCACCAUUGCAUACACGACGACGCGCGCUGCUACUCAAGGCAUUGCCCUGGGCUCCAAGGGUGGACACAGCUACAUUCAACUGGGCACGGACGACGAGCACGGCCUAAUCACUCAGCAGCCAAACACCCGGCGCGAGAUGCGGGCCGAGGCUCUCCGGGCUGCAGUUGAAAGUGGCAGUCUGCCCGCCAGUGCCCUUGACGACAGUGAUGAUGAGGAUGAGUUUGAAGCUGUGAAGGAUGACGAGCGAGCCUCCACUCAGUACAAUUACUCUCUCUUCCACAUCAUUUUCUUCCUCGCUACCACUUGGGUGGCUACUUUGCUGGUCCAAGGCUUGACCCUGGAGACCACGGCCGAUUUUGCGCCGGUCGGCCGCACCUACUGGGCCAGCUGGGUGAAGAUCAUCAGCUCUUGGGUCUGCUAUGCCAUCUACCUGUGGACCUUGAUCGCGCCGGUUGUUCUGCCCGAUCGCUUUGGUACCUAUUGA